AUGAAGCAGACAGUAAAACAUGCUGAAAAGCACCUGGGCAAUAUUUGCUCUCUGCUGGCUUCCUACACCAGGAAGACAGCCAAGCUCAGAGACAAGGCCGACCAGUUGGUGGCUCAGCUGUUUGACUUCUCUAGCACAGGGGACCCAGAGUUCCAAGUCGCCCUGAAAAACCUGGCUGAAGACCUGGCCAUGGUGCAGGACUAUAGGCAGGCUCAGGUGGAGAGAUUGGAGACAAAAGUCAUUGCUCCUCUAAAAGGCUAUGGAGACAUUGUCAAGAAUAAAACGGCAGAUCUUAAGAAGUUCAGCACUGACCUGAACAGUGAGAUGAAGGAGCUGCGGAAACUGGAGAAACUUCGACUAAGGAACCCAGCAGAUCGACAGAGCAUUUCUCAGGCAGAGAUGAAUGCCCAGAAGGCUUCCAACAACGCCCAGCGCAACGCUCGACAACUUGAGGAGACCAUCACAGACUUCCAGAGACAGAAACUGGAGGAUGUCAAAAUUAUUUUCACAGACUUCAUCACAGUGGAGAUGCUCUUCCAUGCUAAAGCACUGGAGGUCUAUACACACACAUACCACAACCUGGAGGCAAUGAACACUCAAAGAGAUCUGGAGCUGUUCAAUAGAAGAAUCCAAAUGUCUGAUUCCCUGGCUGGGAACCUGGAAUCUCCUCUGAGCAGCCACUCUGCAUCCCGUAUGAACCGCUACCCCAGUCCUCCUUUGGCCUCCCCUAAAGGUCAAAGCUUCAGGUCAACACUGGUCCGCACUGUGAGCCCAAACCUCAGACAACAACACAUCCAGUACCCGAACACAGCCAGGAGGGGCAAGUCGAUACAGUCCUCCAUGUGGGGCAAGGGGAAAGAAUCAGGCACUGUAACAGAGUUCUUUUUGCGAAAGUCUGUACAGAACCAAGGGGUUCCAUCAGACUCAGGGGCCAGCAAGCAUGGAGAACUCAAAGGACUACAGCUGGGCUGGUUCCGCAGCACCUUGCAACGCCAGAAAGGCAUGGAGGAGGAAGAGCUGGAGGAAAAAGAAGAG